AACACUGAAACCCGCCCGUCUGCUCGCCACAUAAACACUAAUACAAUCUCAACUAACUUCUACUUUCACAAAGUUUAAGGAAACUUACUCAACAGCUUUUAAGAUUCUUUAUUUUAUUAUUACCCGGAAUGCAUACCGGGUAUAAUUCCCGGCAGAAUACUGAAUCAGGCUCGCAGAACAACUCGGUGAUGGAGGAAUUUGGCAUGCUGACUCCCUGUUCUGUGUGGAAAUGGUUUUAACAGGCACUGAGUAAUACAGCGAAUUGUUGCAGCAGGGAACGCAGAUUUGGACUUGUUACAACAUUUUUAAAAAUCUGGACUUGGCUUUAAGAACCAGCAGAAGAGUGGAAACUACUUGGUUUUAAGAAUAAUAUUAAACAUAAACUUUGAAAUUAGAUUUUUGGAUUAAAAAGGAUAUUAAAGAAAAGACCACACCAUGCCGAGCUCAACAAUUAGAAGGCAAAUGAAAAAUGUGGUGAAUAACUAUUCAGACGCAGAGAAAAAAGUCAGAGAGGCUACCUCUAAUGAUCCAUGGGGCCCCUCCAGCUCGCUGAUGUCGGAGAUUUCCGACUUAACAUAUAACGUGGUGGCCUUUUCCGAGAUCAUGAGCAUGAUCUGGAAGAGGCUAAACGAUCAUGGCAAGAACUGGAGGCACGUUUACAAGGCACUGACACUGUUAGACUACCUAAUCAAGACGGGCUCAGAACGGGUGGCGAUGCAAUGCAAGGAGAACAUAUUUGCCAUCCAGACUCUAAAAGACUUCCAGUAUAUUGAUCGGGAUGGCAAAGACCAGGGCAUCAACGUCAGGGAGAAGUCCAAGCAGCUGGUGGUGCUCCUGAAGGACGAUGAGCGGCUGAAAGGCGAGCGAUCACAAGCCCUUAAGACCAAGGAGCGUAUGGCUCAGGUAGCCACAAGCGUGGGCAGCAACCACCAGCUCGGCUUUGGCCGUGGUUCCAGUCAGCCAAACCUGUCUACCAGCUACUCGGAGGAGUAUGGCAGGUCUGAAGGCUCACCAGCAUCAUAUCAUGGAUCCACAUCCCCCAACGCGUCAUCAGAGCUGGAACAGGCUCGACCGCAGACCAGUGGAGAGGAGGAGUUACAGUUGCAGCUUGCACUGGCCAUGAGCAGAGAGGCAGCAGAGCAGGAGGAGAGGAUGCGCCGUGGGGAUGACUUACGGCUCCAGAUGGCACUGGAAGAGAGCCGUAAAGACACAGUGAAAGGGGGAAAAAAGAAAAAAGAGCUUCCACAGUCCUCUCUGAUGGAUUUGAUGGAUGCAGUCCCUAAAGGCCAUGUUGAUCCCUGGGGAACUGGCGGAGGAGCAGCAGCAGCAGCAGCAGCACCAGCGCCUGCCUCAGACCCCUGGAAAAGCUAUGGUAGUGCUGCAAAACCAGCCGCUCCUGUGGAUCCCUGGGGUCUGUCCACACCUGCUGCCACAGCCACUCCUGUGAAGAGUGGUGACCCCUGGGGGUCAGGCCCCACUCCUGCAGUUGCUGAUCCUUGGGGCUCGGGACCUGCUGCUCGCCCCAAAGCUGCUAGCCCAGGUACGUUUGAUCUCUUCUCGUCAUCAAACGGUACCUCUAGGGAAGAUCUAGAUGACUUCGACAGUCUCCGCUCUUUAGGAAUGUCAGGAGGUGCCAAAGGAAGCUCAUCAAUGCCCCUACAGACUAGCAAGUCUGUUAGCCCUGACUUGUUUGACAUGCAGCCAAGUGCCCCAACCAGAAAAACUCCAGAAUCAUUCUUGGGUCCUAAUGCAGCUCUGGUAAACCUGGACUCACUGAUCACUAAACCACCUCAGCCAGCUCCUGUCUGUAAUCCCUUCCUUGCUGGAGGAGCAGCCCCACCUCUUGCCCCUGCAGCUCAGGUCAACCCGUUCCAGGUGAACCAACCACAGCCACCUACCCUCAACCAGAUGAGAGUCAGCCCCAUGAUGGGCCUCACAGCUCAAGGCUUUGGUAACCUGGCACCAGUAAGCAAUGAGCCCAUGCCUCUGUCGUCUCUGCCUCCUACUGGCACAAUCAACAUGGCACCCGUGGGUGGCAUGGCCCCUCUUGCUCCAAUGGGUCAAAUGAUGCCAGCUAUGGGGUUGCCAGGCUCUAUGUCUAUGCCCCAGCCACUAAUGAGUGGAGGGCUGCAGCCUACAGGCACCACAGCCCAGGCUGCUGGCACCACCAACCCCUUCCUGUUGUGAGGAACAUUAACUGCCUCUUUUAUCCCCCUCCUAAUGGUAUGGACAGCUUAGUCUGUUGUGUUCCCCAGACCAAUGUGCUAUUUUAAGACUGUUUGGAGUAGCAGUGGUGUUUACAGUUUUUACAUUGGCAGAAGAUGUGGUCUUCAGCCCAAUGGAGGUAGGUACCAUAGAGUGAGUGGUAUUGGUAUUGGUAUUUUUCUAAAUUCCCUCAGAUGGACUGCCAACAGGUGAAUACUGUGUCUCUAGGUGUGACUUUGGCAACAAUUUUUAGUCUACAGUAGCUUUCUGACAAACAGGCUCACAUUUAAGGGGGUCCCGUUUUUGUAAUUUCAUUUCUGUCUACGUUUUUACUUGUUGGAGGCUUAAAACCGCUUUCUCUCAUUAAUUUUUCUAAUUUGUAGUCUUUUAAAGCUGUAUAGUCGCAAAAGCUAACCCUUUUUAAUCAAAGCAGCCUAUUUGUUCUACGCAGUGCAUAUACACUAUGUGUAUUUUACAGUAAGUAAAGGUAGACACAAUAGAGGACACUAUCAGUUUACAUGUCAAUAAUUGUGAUGUUCUAAGCAGGGAUUUUGCACAUGCUCAUCUUUUAUUUGUUUUUCGACUGUUGGCUCACUGUUAGUCCUUGAUCAAACGUUAAGGACUUGGGUUACAUACCAGGAGUAAAAAACCUGCAGCAGUCUGUCUUGGUUGUACUAAAUCCGAUGCAGUCAGAGCUGAACUUCAUACUGAAGUGUAGUGGGUUUUUCACGAUGUGUAAUGGAGAACUGACUACAUAGCAAGAUAUGGCUCUACUUUUAUAAAUAUAUAAAUAUGGUGUAGCGAGCAAGCACCUGCUGUUACACAAUGGUUAAAUAAGUGGUUAUUAGUUACAGAUUCUACUCUUUCCACAGCUAAUCAUCCCAUCUUUAUGAUGUCUGAUAGAGCUAUUUAUCACUAGUCAUUAGUAUUUACUGCCUAGUAUUUCUGUACAGUGUUUAUCAACACUGAGAUAUUUCUUUUUAUUAUUACUUUUUGGCUUAUGUAUGUAGAAAUAUUUUAAUUCUGAUUGGAACAAAGGGAAUUGGGAGAUUUAGAAAAGGUGUUACAAAACUGUUUCAUGGUCAGUAUAACUAAUCCAUGCUACCCAGUGCAACCAAUUCAUAUCCGUAUAAACAGUGAAAUAGUAGCCAUUACAGCAAAAACCCUGAUGUGCUAAACUAGGUGAGAAAUAUAAAUGUGGGCUUUAAUUAGGUCUAAGGAAGAUCUAUUUGAGAAGGCCAAAGUGUUUUUGUUUGUUUAAAAUUUGCAUUGGGGCUUUAAGUGUGUCCAUUGUGUUCUACUGUACAUCAGACUGUCUGUUUUCAUUAAAGUAUCACCAUGUAGCAAGUUAGCAAAGGAAAGUCUAGUGACAGGAGGGAUUUUAUUUACCUAAAAAUACUAGUCUCAGCCCUUUACACAUGCAGCCUUAUAUUUACACACAGCACCCUAAUACUUCAGUACAUAUCAGUGGUUUUUUAUCUAUAACGUUAUACACUAGUCUGCUUUUGACUUAGAUAUUUUCUAUAUGUUUUUAAUAUACUGUCACAUUGAUGACAAAUUGGUAAGUCUAAUUAUUUAAACUGUAAACUGAUGUAUGGUUUUUAACUACGGCAAUAUAUAUUACCACCCAACACGCGCACACAGUUUUUCCGGCUUUAACUUGCUUGUGACGUGUAAAAGAGGUGCUGUAAGACUUUUAUAACCCAUUAAUUUAGAUGUAUUUUUUUGCUUUUUAAAUAUUCUUUUCAUGGGUUUGCUUUGAGUCUGAUAGACGAACAUGCUGUUUUAAAUUGCGCUCCUCAGUUGCGACCUCUGCCGGACAUGUUGUGGUUGUACUGCCUGAAUGCAGAUGCGUGUUACAGAGACAGAGUUCAACUCGAUGGUUAAAGCAGGUGCCGAAUCUGCCCAUUCAGACUUUUACAUGAAAGUACACCGUUUUGUUUUCACAUUCUCUUUGAAAGUAUGCAAACUAUUUUUUCCAUGUAUUGCUGUUACUGAUUACUCUCAACUCUAUGCAUUUAUUGUGGCGGACUAACCUUGUGAACAGGCAAAACACCUUUACUUUUUCAUGUAAUUUUGUCUGUAUGUCUAACAAACUGUCAUUACUGGGAGCAGGCUGCUUGAUGAAUGUGCUCAACCUGUUGGCAUUAUAAUUGUAUAAUAUAAUUUAUCAUUUGUUCUAUUGUAACAUAUUGUUCUGUACCUUAUUUCUGUGUAUUGCUUCUGUAGAAAAUUCACAUAAACAGUGUGACGUUUUAAAGCCCUCUAAACCGCAGCGAGUGUUAAUGGACCUGCAGCUGCAACUGUAAAAGAAACAAACUGUAUCACUGACAUUCGAUUACAAUCUGUUAACGCUAUUAAAACACGUCAAACAUUU